AUGACUUCGAAAGCUCUCCCAUAUAUGGAGACCGAGCCUAAGCUCAUCUUCUUCACCGAUUUUGAUGGAACAAUUACAGUCGACGACAGCAAUGACUUCAUGAUUGAUAACCUUGGCUUUGGCCGGGAAAAGCGCCUCGCGUUGGGCGACCGGGUCCUGAACGAGACUUUGAGUUUCCGGGAUGCCUUCCGCGAGAUGCUUGAAAGCAUCACGACCCCAUACGACAAGUGCAUUGAGACCCUGUUAAAGAACAUGAAGCUGGACCCAUACUUCGAGGAAUUCUACCACUGGGCCAAGGAUAACAAUGUUCCUAUUGUCAUCCUGUCAUCUGGCAUGCGACCCAUUAUCAGCGCCUUGUUGGAGAAGUUCCUUGGCCACAAGCCAGCCAGCCACCUCACCAUCAUUUCCAACGAGCCCGUGAGCCGGGAUGGCAAGGAUAUCAACAGCGAGGGUGGCUGGCAGAUUGAGUAUCAUGAUGACAGUCACUUCGGACACGACAAGUCCCUGGAGAUUAAGCCUUAUGCCACGUUGCCGGAAGGAGAGCGCCCAAUUCUUCUGUACGCCGGAGACGGCAUUUCUGAUUUGUCCGCGGCCGCAGAAACCGAUCUUCUCUUCGCCAAACAAGGCAAAGAUUUGGUGACCUACUGCCAGCGCCGGGGAAUGCCCUACACGACUUUCGAGAACUGGUCCACAAUUCUCUCGACUACCAAAGACAUCUUGAGUGGCAAGGUGUCACCGAGCGAUGUGGCUGCUAAGGCUUCGCUCGGGUAG